AAACUAAAGAUUUGUUUCACAAUCUCUUUUUCAAUUUUCUUUGCUUCCAUUUUCAUUGUAUCCAACAAAAGCCUGGUUGCAUAUAUUUUAUUUCAAAUUUUGAACAUCAGCUUCAACAGACUCUGGUUAGACUGAGGACAUGGCCGAAAGCUCUUGGGCUGCGUCUCCACACAAGCCCGUGGUGGUUAGGGUCAAACGCAAACCCUCUCAAUCUCCACUCGAUGCUUUCUGGCUCGAAAUUAAUGAGAGGCCAUUGAAGCGCCCUCUCUUGGAUUUCCAAACGUUAUCAAUCUCCGAUUCCGCCCUGAAGGUGGAAUUGCAUAACAAGAAGGUUUUUGUGCAACACGUGGAAACAAUAAGCAGCUCUGAGGUGACCUUUGACAUUAUUCAAUCCUUUGUGGAUCCUGGCUCCAGUGGUGCACCUGAUACUAGGUCAAAAAUUGAGGAAAGAAAGAACAUCUUCAAAAAGGAUAAUAAACAAGAUCAGCUAUUGUCUAAAGCUAAACAAGAAAAGGAGUCUUUGGCAAAAGAGGCUCGCUUUGAACAAAUAUGGAAGAGGAGAAAGGGAAACAAAGGGACAGCUCAUGAAAAAGCAUUACAAGAAAUAUGCCAUUUCUAUGACAUUGUUCGAGUUGACUAUGAAGGAAAAAAUAAGGAGGUUCAACAGGAGGAAAUGUCCUUGGACGAUCAAAGACUUUUAUCUAGUUACCUCCCUUUACUGCGAGAGUUUAUUCCUAAUGCUGCUGCAGAGGUUGAAGCUGAUUUGCUUGUUCAUUUGGUUACUCAUUCCAAAGAAGAGACAGAGGAUUACGUGUAUGACCUCUACACUGUGAAGGAUGAGAUGGACAUAAACGUUGAUGAUUUAUCACAUUCUUAUCCACUAGUUCAAGUUGAUGAGGAAGAUUACUACGAUGGGCCAGAUGAUUCAGAUUAUGAAACUGAUGACUCAAAUGAUGAAAACAAUCCACUGAAUGAUUAUCCGGAUGAGAUUUCUGAAGAGGAUGAAGGGGUUAAAGAAUCCGAGUGUGAAUCAGAAGAAAGCGAACAUGAUACUGCUAGUAGCAAAUCAUCAGAUGAGGAUCUAGAGCAUCACGAUCUUUCCAAAGAUAAUACUGAUCCAUUAUAUGAUGAGGAUUUUGAUGAUUAUGAAGGUGUAGGAAAUGAUGAUGUUGAGGACGUGGAUGAUGAAGAUUUUAGGUGGUCUUGUCGAUGAAGUAGGCUUUAGUUUUAUAUUGGAAGAAUGUUAGAACUACAAGGAAAGGUUGUACGAACAAAAAUCAAACCUAUUGUUCCGGGCUAUCAGACUAGACCAGAUAGAGUUUUUGCUGUUAGGAUAUUUACAUGCAUCCUAAUUUAGAUUCUUAUUUUUUAAAAUAAAAUCUGAUGCAUCAAAAC